CUAUUUGACGCCGUACAUUGCAUACAUCGCUCGCUCGGUAUCGGACAAGACACGACCUUAAAUUUAAAAUCAUGAAAUGUGCACGUCAAAAGUAAUCCAACGGGGAUGAUGAACCAGUUAAUAAGCCAGUGUGCAUGUGGAAGAUAACUUCAAUUAACCACACUCAGUGCUGGUUAACACUGUCUGCUGAAUCCUGCGGAACAAUGCUGGAAAGUGGCAACUGUAUCUAAUGUUACAGUCUAGGUGUCUUCACUUUCAGUCUUGCAGACCAUUCUGAACUGUUCAACACAAAACAUAGGUCACAGGGAACUGUUCGUUUUUCGACUUGCAUACACUGUAGACACCCGGGGGUUGGGACCAUGGCAUCCAGGUGCAAUUGUGAAGAAACCCAAGAACUGGACCCAGCAGGGAUCGUCUUGAGUACUGCCAUUUCUAAUGAUACAGUGAAUGAUGAACUGCUAGAGCAAUGUUCUCAAGAGGGAUGCCUGGAUGUCCCGGGUGUAGAUGGAAAAACACCCUUAAUGUUGGCAUGUUUGAAAGGUCUCGAGAAUGUUGUCAAGUUUUUGUUGGAAAAUGGAGCAAACCCAAACUCAAAGAGCUUGAAGGAGGGUAACACUCCUUUGCAUUAUGCAUGUAUGUUGGAAGAUGUUCUAGGUACUGAUUACUUGCAGAAUCAACUAUAUAAAGAAAAGAAAGGGAGAACCCCACAAAUAUCUAUCAUAAAGCUUCUUGUAAAACAUGGAGCAGCUGUUCAGAACAAUCUAGAUGGAUGGACCCCUUCAUGCAUAGCUGCAUUUUAUUUACUGAAGGAUUUUGUUGACUAUUUCUUAUCGAUGGGCGAUGGUGUUACUAAAGAGGAAAAGAUCAAAGCUUCUGCAAUUCUUGGAGUGGUAAGUGCUACUGUGGAGCGAUACCCAACUGAAGAUGCAUUUGGCUUUCUGUACAGAGCCAUUGAAUUACAAGUAGGUUCAGGCUUCGAGAAAGGAGAUAAUGAACCCUCAGAACUUGCUGCUUGCUUCUCACAUCUCUCCUUAAAAGAAUGCCGCACGCUGGAUGAAAUCCGAUCAGUGGAAUCGUCUGAGAGUGCCUUGAAGGCUCAUGCAUUCUUGGUUGGCGAGAGACUGUUUCCUCCAAGUCUCCAGCAAAGAUACUUAUAUCCAUCCCUUGUUUAUUUUGCUUAUCUUAUAAUGUACCUUGAGGAAGAUGUAGAAAGAGGAUUUCAGAUAUUUUCUCAUGUUCUUGAAUUGGAAAGACGUGGAGAAGCUAUUCCAGGAACAGUACUGUUGCAAUUAUCAUAUGCUUAUAACUUUCAAAAAGUGUUUCAUGCUAUGGGAGAUGAACCAGAACCUCUAGUUCGUCAACUCUCAAAGGAUAUGUUGCAUUCUUACAUCCAAGUACUGGAGAAUACUCAUAUUGAUUGCCUGAUGGAUGUGUGUCAAAGCCUGGUGGAAAGGUUUAGCCUGAUAGUGUUUUCUGAAGCAGAGAACUACUCAGGUCCAGAUGAGAUGAAAUCCACCUUGCAAGACAUAGAGAACUUGAUGAGUAUCAUUCGGUCUAGAAUCCUUAGGGAAAAGCCUGCAGAGUUCAGCAAGAUGCCAUCCCUAACAUUUGAAAUAAUGUCAUGUGUGAUGCGUCGAGAUGGCCGUGUGCUCUUUGACUGCGAGAGCUAUUCAAGACAAUUCAUGCUUGUGAAAAUCAGGUAUUUGGUCCUCUGGGCUCUGCAAUAUGAUGGUGCUUCAUAUCGGCAUAAGACAAGCGGGAACACCCUGCUACAUCUUUUGGCAAUGUCCACAUUUGCAGCCGUUUAUAAUGGAUGUGUAACAAGGGUCAUGAGAUGUAUCAAGGAUCUUGCUGAGGCCUUUGUACAUCAUGGAUGUCCUAUAGACGCAGUGAACAGCGAUGGAGAAACUGCCAGAGACAUCAUGCAGAGUGUUGGCUUGACAAGGUCCAAUUUUAAGCUGAUAGAAACGGUAAUGAGUCCGCCAACCACUGUAUUGCAACUGCAGGAGUUGGCAGUGAGGGUCAUCCUCCGGCACAAGAUAAGUUACAAAGACUUCCUUCCUACAAGGCUGCACCAGAAUGUGGAAAGGGAUAGGCCUACUGAUGCAGACUUUGGCUUGAAAGUUUUAGGAAGUUUGAAGAAUAAAGAAAGCAGAUUUGAAAGUGACAGCAGUGGCGAAGAAACCGAGGAUGAUGAUACUAGCGAUAGUGAUGAUACUAGUGAUAGUGAUCACUCUAGUGAUAGUAAUGAGAAUAGUGAUGACAGCGAGAGCGACUGAUUCACAGCCCAGGGUGAUGUGUCACGAAGCUGAUAAAGCUGCUCCUUAUGUGUGACUUUACAUGUAUGAAUGGAACAUGUUCUUAGAGGAGAAUGAAACCUUUGG